GCUGAGGGAGAGCAGGGAGAGUUCGAGGGAGAAGAUGAUGCGGGUGACCAAGGGCUCGCCGAAAGGACGGAAGGUGCAUAGAGUAUCUCUCCGGAAAGAGGCCUGAUCGGCUGAAAACGGGGGAGAAGAAGCUGCCAGCAGUACUGAACAGCCACACUUCCGAUACUCUGAGGAUCCCUGGGAGAGCUUACAUGUGGUCGGAACUGUAGGAAAAUGGCCGCAAUCCGGGUUUAAAGUCACUGGAAUAUCGAGCCAGCAGGGACAGAUAUUUCAGCGGAUGAUCGUGGAAGUAUUACUUAAUACGGUACAACGCAAUGCAUCGUUAUCAGCCUAGGCUCCAGGCAUCGCAUGAUCGCUUCGGCCUACGUAUCGACCGAUCAAUUAUAUAUAGGGGCCAUUUUUGCAUUCCCUCCUCCAAGUGGUAAACCGGAAGCCGCUUUCUCAAGCAAGCCACGCCAUUACCCGCAAGAGUUAAAACCAGGCCAUGCCCGCAAAGACGAUGAUGAUGCAAAAGAAGGGAAACGGCUCUCUCUUAUCCAUUUUCAUGCACGCUGAUGGCGUUGACAUCUUGCUAAUGGUUCUCGGCGGCCUCGGCGCCGUCGGUGAUGGGAUUUCCAUGCCGGUCAUGUUGGUUGUCACUAGCAAGCUCAUGAACAAUAUUGGUGCCUCAACAUCUCCUUCUUCAGAUACCGAUUCCUUUUCCCAUAACAUCAACAAGAAUGCAGCGGUGAUGUGCUAUGUUGCUUGCGCGCAAUGGGUCGCAUGUUUUCUUGAGGGGUAUUGUUGGACAAGAACCGCAGAGAGACAAGCUUCGAGGAUGAGAGCAAGGUAUCUGAAGGCAGUUCUACGACAAGAUGUUGGCUACUUCGAUCUGCACGUGACAAGCACCGCCGAGGUCAUUACCAGCGUCUCUAGCGACAGUCUUGUAAUUCAAGACGUCAUUAGUGAGAAGGUCCCAGUCUUCUUGUCGAAUUUAUCCGCCUUUGUGGGGGCUUACAUCGCGGCAUUUCUGAUGCUAUGGAGACUAGCCAUCGUGGGUUUUCCAUUUGUGGUCCUCCUCGUAAUCCCUGGGUUCAUGUAUGGAAGAGCCCUUAUGGGCAUAGCUAGAAAGAUGAAGCAAGAGUACAAUAAAGCGGCUACAGUAGCAGAGCAGUCCAUAUCUUCCAUCCGAACAGUUUUCUCCUUCGUCGGAGAGAACAAAACCCUGAACGAAUACUCUUUAGCUCUUGAAGGAACGGUCAAAUUGGGAGUUCGGCAAGGCUUGGCCAAAGGCCUGGCCAUUGGCAGCAACGGCAUCGUCUUCGCAAUUUGGUCCUUCAUGUCGUUUUACGGCAGCAAAAUGGUCAUUUACCAUGGUUCUCGCGGCGGCACCGUCUUCGCCGUCGGUGCCGCCGUCGCUAUCGGUGGACUCUCACUAGGCUCUGGUUUGUCCAAUCUGAAGUACUUCUCCGAAGCAUCGGCCUCGGGAGAGCGCAUAAUGGAGGUGAUAAAAAGAGUGCCGAAAAUCGAUUCAGACAACACUGAAGGCCAAAUCUUAGAAACCGUUUCAGGAGAAGUGGAGUUCAAACACGUCGAGUUUGCCUACCCAUCAAGACCAGAAUCCAUAAUUUUCAAAGACUUCAACUUGAGAAUCCCGGCAGGGAAGACAGUGGCGUUGGUUGGGGGAAGUGGGUCUGGAAAAUCAACGGUGAUUGCAUUGUUGCAGAGGUUUUACGACCCAAUGGGAGGAGAGAUUCUCCUUGAUGGAGUUGCCAUUGAAAAGCUUCAGGUCAAGUGGGUAAGGUCGCAGAUGGGGCUAGUCAGCCAAGAGCCAGCCCUCUUCGCCACUACAAUUAAGGAGAACAUACUUUUCGGCAAGGAAGAUGCUGAGAUGGAGGAGGUUAUUGCCGCUGCAAAAGCUUCAAAUGCUCAUAAUUUCAUCUGUCAGCUGCCUCAGGGUUACGAUACCCAGGUAGGUGAGAGGGGAGUCCAAAUGUCCGGCGGACAGAAGCAGAGAAUCGCGAUCGCAAGGGCCAUAAUCAAGGCGCCACGCAUCUUGCUCCUCGACGAGGCCACAAGUGCUUUGGACUCUGAAUCGGAGCGAAUAGUGCAAGAGGCACUCGAUAACGCCUCCGUCGGCCGCACCACCAUCGUCAUUGCCCACCGCCUCUCCACCAUUCGCAAUGCCAACCUCAUCGCCGUCGUCCAGAAUGGCCAGGUCCUCGAGACCGGAUCCCAUGACGAGCUAAUCCAGAACGAAAAGGGAUUGUAUGCAUCCUUAAUCCGACUCCAACAAACAGAGAAAUCCGAGGAAUUAACACUCUCCUCCACAGCCACUUCAAUUUCUCCACCGAACGCCGCAAUUUCAAGGCUCGAUGUGAACAACACAAGCAGCCGUAGGUUAUCAAUGCUGAGCCGCUCCAGCUCGGCAAACUCAACUGCAAUGAGCCAAAGAGUAGAGAAUGCUUCGUUUCAGAUCGAAGAGCCGUCUCCAGUGCCGUCGUUUCGCCGACUGUUGGCAAUGAAUCUGCCGGAAUGGAAGCAGGCGACGAUGGGAUCCAUAAGCGCGAUUUUAUUCGGUGCGGUUCAGCCGGCGUACGCGUUCGCUAUGGGUUCGAUGAUAUCAGUGUAUUUCUUGCCGGAUCACAGUGAGAUAAAGGAGAAGACGAGGAUUUACGCGUUGUGCUUCUUGGGGUUGGCUGUGUUCUCACUAUUGGUAAACAUAUGUCAGCAUUAUAACUUUGCUUACAUGGGGGAGUAUUUGACUAAGAGGAUUCGGGAGCGGAUGUUGUCGAAGAUUCUCACUUUCGAAGUCGGAUGGUUUGACAGGGACGAGAAUGCUAGCGGCGCUAUCUGUUCUCGACUCGCCAAAGAUGCUAAUGUGGUGAGAUCAUUGGUGGGUGAUAGGAUGGCGCUCCUUAUCCAAACAUUCUCGGCAGUAACCAUAGCUUGCACCAUGGGCCUGAUCAUCGCAUGGAGGUUAGCCGUGGUCAUGAUAGCCGUCCAACCUAUCAUCAUCGUUUGUUAUUACUGCAAAAGGGUCCUUCUCAAGAGCCUGUCCAAGAAGGCCAUCAAGGCCCAAGAUGAAAGCAGCAAACUUGCGGCCGAGGCCGUCGCAAAUCUCCGAACCAUCACAGCGUUUUGUUCCCAAGCCCGAAUCCUCAAGAUGCUCGAAAAGGCCCAAGAAGGCCCAAAACGAGAAAGCAUCCAACAGUCUUGGUUCGCGGGCAUCGGGCUCGGUACCUCCCAAAGCCUCAUGUCGUGCACUUGGGCCUUGGACUUUUGGUACGGUGGCAAACUCAUAGCCCAAGGCUACAUUGGGCCCAAAUCACUCCUUGAGACGUUCAUGAUCUUGGUGAGCACGGGUCGGGUCAUUGCGGAUGCGGGUACCAUGACUAAUGACCUUGCCAAGGGCUCUGACGCGGCUGGCACCGUGUUCGCCGUGCUUGACCGUAACACCGAAAUUGAGCCCGAAGGCCAAGAAGGUUACAAGCCGGACAAAAUAACAGGCCACGUCGAGCUUCGCGAUAUCCAAUUCGCCUACCCGGCUAGGCCCAACCUGAUGAUCUUCGACGGCUUUUCAAUCAAAAUCGAGGCCGGAAAAUCGACGGCAUUGGUGGGGCAAAGCGGGUCCGGCAAGUCGACCAUCAUCAGCUUAAUCGAACGAUUUUACGACCCGCUUAGGGGCACCGUGAAAGUCGACGGUCGUGACAUAAAAUCGUACCAUCUCAGAUCCUUGAGAAAACACAUCGCUCUGGUGAGCCAAGAGCCGACCUUAUUCGCCGGCACCAUACGCGAAAACAUCAUAUACGGCGCAUCCGACAAGGUUGAUGAGUCCGAGCUCGUCGAGGCGGCGAAGGCAGCCAACGCCGACGAUUUCAUCGCCGGCCUUAAAGAUGGAUACGACACGUGGUGCGGGGACAGAGGAUUGCAGCUAUCGGGCGGCCAAAAGCAGCGCAUUGCAAUAGCCCGUGCCAUAUUGAAAAACCCGGCGAUUCUACUGUUGGACGAGGCGACCAGCGCCCUGGACAGCCAAUCGGAAAAGGUGGUCCAAGACACCCUAGAGAGAGUAAUGGUGGGUCGGACUAGCGUGAUUGUGGCUCACAGGUUAAGUACCAUACAGAACUGUGAUACGAUUGCAGUGUUGGAGAAAGGGAAGGUUGUGGAGAAAGGGAACCACGCUUCCUUGUUGGCGAAGGGGCCGUCUGGAGCUUACUACUCUCUGGUUAACCUUCAGAACAAACCCAACUGAACCAAUACAAAUUCACGGGUAGCGGCUUUCCCCAACAAAGUGAUGGAUCCAUGGAGCUUAUUAAUUCGAGCUUGUAUUCGUGCGUAAUGGCUAACUGUUCAUCACAUAUUUAUUGCACAUAUACUACAUAGCUAUGAGUAAAAUUUACUUUUCCUUCACAAUAA